UUGUUAAUUGACGACAUUAUAUUAAUCUUGUUACUUUUUGCAGAUGAUAUGGCUAUUAUAGGCAAAAGUCCGGAUGAUUUACAAAAUAGCCUUGAUUUAUUGUAUACUUAUUGUAUAGAAUGGGGAUUAGAAGUUAAUAUUGAAAAAACGAAGAUAAUGAUAUUAGAAAAAGGGGAAAUAUCUUUAACAAUGAAAAAUGGUUUUAUAACGUUGGGCUUUCUUUAGGGAUUCUUAUUUCACUCGACUUUGUGUUCAUACGGCGGUUAUUAUAUAACCGUCAAUGCGACACUUUUGUGCCGUAUAAUGAAAAGCGUCGUUUAGUCCAAAGUAAAAGAAAGUGUGUACCUAAACGAGAAUAGCAAUGGGUGGAGCUAAACAAAAUUGAAUUUUGAAAGGUGAUCAGAAACCUAUAUAUCACUGUCCAAUUAUCUAUAUCAAGAUGAUUCGACGAGUACUAAUACAAUUAUUUGAAAUAUUUUGCGUCAGUUGAUUUUUAGGAUGUUUUAAAUUCCCAUCGUUUUUAUAUGGUAUUAAAAUUUUACAAGUAAAAGAAAUCCUCACUUUCCAAGCAUAAGCAAGAACAUGAGAGGAACAAUACUGAAAUACCAAGAGUAAGCUUUUUUUUAAAAACUUGAACAUACAAUGGAAGGUUUCAAAUCAAUUAGAAUGUACUCUUUGUAAGCUUUUCUGAGUUCAAUAUUUCAUAAAUCAAUUGAUCAAGCCGUUUAUGAUCAGUCUCAUUUAUCGAAUGUAUCUAUGCAUAACUGACUCUUUAUUAUCCGUUUUGAUUUUUCAUUUUCUACUAAACUGACAACGUUUCAGUGGAAGUGAUGGUAGCGAUGGUUGAAACCCGUUAGAUUUAUGUUCUGAUAGUGAAUCCCUUUCAACUUAUAUCAAUGUUUAUAAUGUAAAAUAAUUAUAUUUUUCACUUGUUUAAUAAUAUUUUCCUUAAUCUGGUACUUAUGGCAGAAAUACAUGAGAGGGAAAGAACGAGAACAACGAGGAAAAAAUUGUGCGUAUCAGGAAGUCUAAUAAAAAGUGUCAUUGCCUUUAUUAGACUCAUCAUGUAUUGAUAUUAAUUGUGAACAUAACUUCCCUUUAGUUUUUAAACAUAAAUAUUUUAUACUACAUGCUUGCAAAUGAAGAAUAAUAUCAGUUUCUCUUUCGGAUUUUUUUCAAUCAUUUUAGUGGCACGUGUGGUCACUGGAACGGGCGUGGUUAUAGACUGUUUUAGUACAACGGUAGAUGACUACAUCGGACACCAGCAGACGACAGAGAAUGGGACACCAUGCAUAAGAUGGGAUUCUUCCUCAUACAAAAAAAAUUACACAAAUGACCGUUUCCGUGAUGCUACUGUAUCAGAUGCAGCCAAUUUUUGUCGUAACGUUGGAAAGAAUUUUCUCUGGUGUUGGACGUCAAACAUUGGCCAUUGGGGCCUAUGUGGAAUUAGAAAAUGUGGUAAUGACUUUUUAAACAAAUGUGGAAAUUUGAAAAUUAAGCAACCAGCUUUACUAGGAAGGAACGUCACUUUUACUUUUACCCCGGACUCAUAUGAUCCAAACGCAAUUCUCGAAUGGCAACGUGCAGCUAAAGGAAACGCAUGGUAUACUCGCCCUUUGACAUACAAGUUCACACAGUAUAAUGAAAAUGGAACAUACUACAUGGUCUUAACAGAGAGUUUAUCUAGAAUUGAUGAAAUAAAUUACCGAAUACAUUAUUACAACGAAAGUAAGCACUGUCGGAUGAAAACAGGAACACUUGUACUAGAUGAUAACCCAAAUAAUCCCUGUGGGUUUGUUUACCUAAGAAAUGAACGUGUACUUGAGGGCGGUAAUAUAUAUUUAGAAUAGUAUCCGUCUGAAGAUGCAAUGGCAAACCCUGUCAAUUUUAAUUUCAAAUGGGCUCACUCAGACAAUGGAUAUACGCCUUUUACGAAGUUAAGGGAUGAUAUUCACAAAACAGAUAAGACAGAAAAUGGGAUGAAAGUACUUACUAUUCCCAUGGCUAACAUCAGUAUGAACGGAUAUUACAAAGUUGAGUGUGGCGCAUAUGCGGGGUUUACAAAUACUGUCUCAGUGACUGUACUAGUGCGACCAAGUGCACCAGCAUUCAUAGGUCUACAGGACAUUGAUGAAUGUAAGGAAUGCAUUGUUGGUUAUGACAAAGGGAGCAUUGAAGUUUAUUGCAAGACAAGUGGCGGGACACCACCCAAUAAUGUGACAGUGACAGUAGGAGACAAGCAAAUCAAUGCCCUGCAGUAUAAUACAUCGGUUUAUACAGCACGUAUCACACUUGAUAACCGUUACCACAACAGAACAGUCACUUGUUCUGUAAUGAAUAGUGCGUUAAUAUCACCAUUAAUCACUACUGCCAAAGUAUAUGUUAUAAAGCCUCCUGCUAAAGUUGUGUUAUCAACACCAAGUUAUCUUAAAGAAGGGAGUCUUGUUAACAUCACAUGCCAGAGUCAAAGCUCAAGACCUUCACCGAUUGUUUACUUAACCAUUUCCGGUAUAAAUGUGUCGUCUGCUGACGUUAAUACAAUACCUUCAUUCAAUAAAGAAACUUUGUUAUACAACACUGCUACCACCUUGACAACAUUUAAACGAGAAUGGAAUGGAAAGGACAUCAUCUGUUGUAGUUAUAAUAAAUGGUACAGACAACCUAGAUAUUGUUCCAAGCCGGAACAAGUGAACUUUCUAUUGCGACCAAGUGCACCAGCAUUCACAGAUCUACAGGACAUUGAUGAAUGCAAGGAAUGCAUUGUUGGUUCUGACAAAGAGAACAUUGAAGUUCAUUGCAAGACAAGUGGCGGGACACCACCCGUUGAUGUAAAAAUGACAGUAGGAGACAAGCAAAUCAAUGCCCUGCAGCUUAAGACAUCGGUUUAUACAGCACGUAUCACACUUGAUAACCGUUACCACAACAGAACAGUCACUUGUGCUGUAAUGAAUAGUGCGUUAAUAUCACCAUUAAUGACUACUGCCAAAGUAUAUGUUAUAAAGCCUCCUGCUAAAGUAGUGUUAUCAACACCAAGUUAUCUUAAAGAAGGGAGUCUUGUUAACAUCAUAUACCAGAGUCAAAGCUCAAGACCUUCACCGAUUGUUUACUUAACCAUUUCCGGUAUAAAUGUGUUGUCUGCUGACGUUAAUACAAUACCUUCAUUCAAUAAAGAAACUUUGUUAAACAACAACGCUACCACCUUGACAACAUUUAAACGAGAAUGGAAUGGAAAGGACAUCAUCUGUUGUAGUUAUAAUAAAUGGUACAGACAACCUAGAUAUUGUUCCAAGCCGGAACAAGUGAACUUUCUAUUCCCUCCAUCUGACAUCAAACUUGAGAUCAAUUUUGACUCAUUAGAUCCACUUCGUAUGUAUGCUGUAUGUACCCUAAACAAUUCGAAUCCGGCUUGCACGGUAAAUUUUACUACAGCCGACAGAAUCAUCUGUUCAGAAAGGAACUCAAGUAACAUUAGACUCCCAAAUGGUGCGUGGAAAACAAAGUAUUUCGUCCGCUUGGAUGUCAAUAAAGAAGACGAUGGUAAAGAUGUUACAUGUGCUGCCGUUUGUACACACUUCCAAGACCUGGAACUUAGAGACACAAAAACAAUGAAAGUCCCACAUGGAAAAGAGAUAAGUGUAGCUGCUGGAGCUAUCGUCGCGAUUGUCAUUGGCUCAAUAAUUGCUGGUGUUCUUAUCGGUGUGGUUUUUACGUGGGUUGUUUUAAAUAGAAAACGGAAAGUAAAAGGUCUGAAGAAGCAAAAUCAACAUCAGCCAAAAUCAGUGUCACGACAAACAGAAUUAAAUGUUUCGUCGCCUUUACCGAAUACCUACGAGCAACUUCAAACUAGAACAGAUACUGAAAGCAGGAUGACUUAUGAUUCCCUAGACACUUCAGCAAACUCCAGCACAGUACUAGACAGACAACCUCAGUAUGAGAGUCUGGAGCAUAAUGCAGAGGCAUCUCACACUUAUAACAGAUCUUAG